AUGAAACAGAUGGAGUUUGAAAUCAUCGAAAAGAUACCGCCAGACGAUAUCAUAUGGAAAGACUGGAAGGACACGAUACGAGCCGAAGGAUGGAUAAUUGGCGCCGAUGAUAGCGUGCUAAGCAUUCUACCAGAACUUGCUAAAGUAGUCAUGGCUCGAGACAAAGCAGAUGGUGGCUACAUUGGCUCAGUGGUAUGGUGCGAGAACAACGGACUAGCCUAUAUUGCUUUCUACAUAAUCCGACCAGAAUACCGAGGACUUGGAAUAGGUUCCAUCAUUUGGAAACGAGCUAUGGAACGAAUACCGUCCAACUACACAGUAGGAUUACGUUCGGUGGAAUAUAUGGUCCCUCGUUACAAAUCCAUGAAUUUCCCAGUCGAGGGGCAACAUACAUUCUACCAAAAAAUUCGAGCCAAUGAUUUCUUGCAAAUCGCCAAGUCUCACAUCACACCG